AUGAGUCUUGUAUAUGCUGUGAAUAUAAAAAGAAGAGAACAGUGUUAUCGUACUCAACAAGAAACUCAGAAAAUCCUCUCCAUCAACCAUCUGCAUCUUUCAAAACAGUUUGAACACCUCAAGAUAAAGUUGGAAGUGAUAACAUCUGCAACCAAUAACUUCGCUGAUGACAACUGCAUCGGGAGAGGUGGAUUCGGGAAAGUUUACAAGGGAAAGCUUCUCCAUUCCAAAGGGGAAUCCAUUGUUGCCUUAAAACGAUUAGAUCCUACAUUUGGACAAGGAAACCCAGAGUUUUGGAAGGAAAUCAUUAUGCUUUCUCUUUACAAACAUGAAAAUAUUGUUUCUUUAUUAGGAUUUUGCGACGAAGGUAACGAAAAGAUCCUGGUGUAUGAGUACGCAUCGAAGCGAAGUCUCGACUUGUAUCUCAAUGAUGAUGAUCUAACUUGGAUCGAGAGGCUUAAGAUCUGCAUCGGGGCAGCUCGUGGACUAGCAUAUCUUCAUAAUCCUGGCACGAUUGGGUAUUGUGAUCCGAUAUAUGUAGAGACAGGAUUAUUAACUAAAGAGUCAGACGUUCAUGCCUUUGGUGUAGUGUUGUUUGAGGUGCUAUGUGGGAGGUUGUGUACUAUCAACAAGAAGGACAUACAUCAACCACUAACAGGAUUGGUGCGACGAUGCUACAAAGAAAAGACAAUAAACGAAAUUGUUUUUCAUAGUAUAAGGGAUGGGAUAAAACCUAAAUCUUUAGAGGCCUUUAUAACAAUAGCUUAUCGGUGUUUGAAGAGAAACUUGGAAGAUCGUCCAUUAAUGACUGAUGUUGUGAGAACACUCGAAAGUGCGCUUGAUUAUCAAGUCGACCAGUUAAAUACAUUAAGUUUAAAGAAUGAUGGUGGUCCUGGUUUGUCAACAUCAAAACCAUUUGAAGAUGAUAUAGAGGCAGAGGUCAAUUCUUAUUUCCAUCAAAUGUUCUCUGGUCAGUUAACUGUUGAUGCAAUGAUUCAGAUGCUAGCCCGAUACAAGGAAUCUUCUGAAAAAAGGGAACAAUCAAUAUUUGAGUGUGUGAUUGCAAACUUAUUUGAAGAGCACAAGUUUUUCAACAAAUACCCCGAGAGUCAACUGAAAGCUGUUGCUGAUCUCUUUGGAUUGCUUAUCAAAAAUAAACUUUUGACCCAUCUUACACUUGGUAUUGCCUUACGUUCUGUUUUGGAUGCAUUGCGCAAACCAGCUGAUUCUAAAAUGUUUAGUUUUGGUACAAUUGCUCUGGAGAAGUUUUUGGAACGUUUGGUUGAAUGGCCUCAAUAUUGCCAACACAUUUUAAAAAUAUCACAUCUACGUGAUACUCGUUUGGAGCUAGUUACUUUCAUUGAAAAGGAGCUUCACAAAAUUUCAUAAGGACAGUUGGAAAUUGGCGAGAUAACAGUGUCAUCUAGGGGAAAACAGGGAUUUUAUCUGUUUCAAAGUUACAAUUGUUAUGUUGAUAGAAAGUUAGAAACUCAAACUAUUAUUUUAAUUUUACAAUCCAUCAUUUAAAAAUAAAUAGAUAUAUCCUAACGCAAGAGAGAGCUAAAAUUUAAGAGUUUGUUUUUAUAGCAGCGUCAAUGAGAAAUCUGGAACAAUCCAGAAUGACAAAAAAUUAUGGUUGGAAAGAUCUGGAGAUUUUUAGUUUGGAUUCAAAAAUUAUGUAAACCAUUUGGAUAUUUUAGGAUGAAAUUUUUUGACAUAUGCUAGAAACAAAAAGAACGUGUGCCAUUUUGAAAGAAAUCCA